AUGGCCGGCUUAGAAUCGAUGAUAGUGGAAGAAAAGCAGCAACCGAUGAAAAGUGUUGACCGGGAAAAGACAUGCCCACUGUUGCUGCGCGUGUUUUGCUCGACCGGACGCCACCAUUCGACCAACGAGUACUCCUAUGGCAAUGUGCCCUCGAACGAGCUACAGAUCUACACCUGGAUGGAUGCAACGCUGCGGGAACUGACGACGCUGGUGCGGGACGUAAAUCCGGAAACGCGCCGUAAGGGUACGUACUUCGACUUUGCCGUCGUUUAUCCGGACCGUGGGUCUACGUACCGUAUGCGCGAGAUUGGCGUCACCUGUUCCGGCCAGAAAGGGGCUGAUGAUUCAAAAACGUUAGCACAAGCAAAGUUUACGAUCGGCGAUUUCAUGGACAUUAAUAUUACACCACCGAACCGAAUUCCACCGCCACGUCGGCAGCGUCCAUAUUAA